GAUCGAGCUACUGAACAAGCUAGAGUAACUUGCUAGAAUCGUGAGAUUUGGCCAUGGCUUCCACCAGCAGCUUCAGGGCCUGGCAUUGCUUGCUUGCCCUCUCCCUUCUGUCCUCAGCGGCGAGAGGGCAGCUCUCGCCGACGUUCUAUGCGACGAGCUGCCCGAUGCUGGAGCUCAUCGUGCGCGCCACCAUGACCACAGCCAUCGUCGCCGAGCGCCGGAUGGGCGCCUCCCUCCUGAGGCUCUUCUUCCACGACUGCUUCGUUCAGGGUUGCGAUGCUUCGAUUCUUCUGGACGACAUCACCGGGAGCUUUACCGGCGAGAAGGGCGCCGGCCCCAACGUCAACUCCGUCCGCGGCUUCGAGGUCAUCGACCAGAUCAAGGCGAACGUCGAGGCCGUCUGCCCCGGCGUCGUCUCCUGCGCCGACAUCGUCGCCCUCGCCGCGCGCGACGGCACCUUGCUGCUCGGCGGACCAACCUGGGCCGUGCCACUCGGCCGGCGGGACUCGACGACGGCGAGCCUGAACCAGGCGAACAGCGACCUCCCGGCACCGACGUCCAGCCUGGCCGCGCUCAUCACGUCGUUCGGCAACAAGGGCCUGAGCGCGCGCGACCUGACGGCGCUCUCCGGCGCGCACACCAUCGGCUUCUCGCAGUGCCUCAACUUCCGCGACCACAUCUACAACGACACCAACGUAGACUCGGCGUUCGCCGCGCUGCGCCGGGGCAGCUGCCCCGCCGCGCAGGGCUCCGGCGACACCAACCUGGCGCCGCUCGACGCGCAGACGCAGCUGGUCUUCGACACCGCUUACUACGGCAACCUCCUCGUCCGGCGCGGCCUGCUGCACUCGGACCAGGAGCUCUUCAACGGCGGGUCGCAGGACGCGCUGGUGACGCAGUACAGCUCCAACCCAGCCCUCUUCGCCGCCGACUUCGUCACCGCCAUGAUAAAGAUGGGAAGCAUCAGCCCGCUCACCGGAACCGCCGGCCAGAUCAGGGCCAACUGCAGGGUGGUCAACAGCAGCUGAUUGCUGCUCCAGCUAGCGUACUUUACGAGUACGUUUGAUGUGUGUCGCUGUCUGUUGGUUGGCUGCAAAAGGUAACCAACCAUGCAUGGGAGCGAGAAUAAGAACUUGAUCAAAAAAGUUCACCUCUGUAUGCCCUGGGACUGAAAGAUCCAAGAUGGGUGAGCCUCAGGCCGUUGCAUACCAAGUCUGUUCAUGUUAAGUUGCCAAAGUAAUAUAUAUUCAUGUCAAGAAUACGAAUAUUCUUUUUUUUG